AUGUCUAUUCCAACUCCCGCCCACUGUGUCGCAGACUUCUGUUUAAUCCCCAUCGGCACCUCAUCACCUUCAGUCUCAGACCAGAUCGCCGACGUCCAGCGGCUGAUCGAAACAUGCGGCUUGAAGUAUGUCAUGCAUUCCGCAGGCACAACAAUCGAAGGUUCCUGGGACCAGGUUCAUCAGGUUAUCGGUCAGGCGCAUACAAUUCUCCACCGACAGGGGAUUGUUCGGAUUCAGACUGAUAUUCGUGUUGGGUCGAGAACCGAUAAGGUGCAGUCUUUUGAGGAUAAAGUGAGUAAGGUGCGGGAAUUGUUGGCGAAGGAUCAACAAAAGGCUUAG